CAUCCCCUUCAGCCCCACACUGAUUGGAUUGACCGGGUAGAGCCCUACGGCGGGCGGAAGUAGAGGCGACUGCAAGCAGCAUGGCGGCUGAGGAACAAGACCCGGUGGAGCUUUUCGUUCGUAUCGGUCUGAGCGAGAGCAAGGCUCGCGAGACCCUUCGGAACCAGGCGCUCACUGCGUUGCUCCGCGAGGCAGUCAUACAGGCUCAAGGGAUCCUUGGCUCAGCUGCUGACAAGACAAUUGGCACUCUUUUAUAUAAUGUUGCCUCCCGGCUUAAGGACCCAAAGCAUCUUGGCUUCCUUGUGCAGUAUAUUGCCACCAAGAAGAUUGUUACGGAUCUACAGCUCAACGCUGCUCUGGACUACGUUAAAAGCCACCCUGUGGACCCCAUUGAUGCAGCAGACUUUGACAGAGAAUGUGGCGUUGGUGUGACGGUGACACCAGAGCAGAUCGAAGAGGCGGUAGAAGCUGCCGUUAGCAAACACAGAGCCCAGCUCCUUUCAGAGCGUUACCGCUUUAACAUGGGGCUUCUGAUGGGGGAGGCACGGAGCAAGUUGAAAUGGGCAGAUGGCAAAAUCAUUAAGAACGAGGUAGAUCUGCAGGUGCUCCACUUGCUGGGCCCAAAGACAGAAGCUGAUCUGGAAAAGAAGCCAAAGGCCCCGAAGGCCCAUGCCCCUGAGCUGAAUAAGAAGGGAAAGGCAGCUGCGGUGGAAAAUGGUGAUACGUGCCAAGAAACAAAAUCCCUCAUGGAGCAGCUGAGAGGCGAAGCACUUAAAUUCCAUAAGCCAGGUGAGAACUUCAAAACAGAAGGCUACAUUGUUACACCCAACACUAUGAGCUUACUGAAGCAGCAUCUGGAGAUCACAGGUGGACAGGUGCGCACACGAUUCCCUCCUGAGCCCAAUGGCAUCCUGCACAUUGGUCAUGCCAAAGCCAUCAAUUUCAACUUUGGCUACGCCAAGGCAAAUGGUGGAAUUUGUUUCCUGCGCUAUGAUGACACGAAUCCAGAAAAAGAGGAGGAGAAAUACUUUACAGCCAUCCGGGACAUAGUGGAAUGGUUAGGGUACACCCCCCAUGCGGUGACGCACGCCUCUGACUACUUCGAUCAGCUGUACACCUGGGCAGUGGAUCUCAUCCGGAGGGGCUAUGCUUACGUUUGUCACCAGAAGGUGGAAGAAAUCAAAGGACAUAACCCGCCUCCUUCUCCUUGGCGGGACCGACCGGUUGAGGAGUCGCUUCUGCUUUUUGAGGACAUGCGCAAAGGCAAGUUUGGGGAAGGGGAGGCCACACUGCGCAUGAAGCUAGUGAUGGAGGAUGGAAAGAUGGACCCUGUUGCUUAUCGCAUCAAAUACACGCCCCAUCACCGCACUGGGGAUAAAUGGUGUAUCUACCCCACCUAUGACUACACGCACUGUCUCUGUGACUCCAUAGAGAAUAUCACUCACUCGCUCUGCACCAAGGAAUUCCAGGCCAGACGCUCCUCCUAUUUCUGGCUGUGCAAUGCGCUGGACGCCUACUGCCCUGUGCAGUGGGAGUAUGGGCGCCUCAAUCUCCUCUACACGGUGGUCUCCAAACGCAAGAUCAUCCGCUUGGUAGAUGCAGGGGCUGUCAGGGACUGGGAUGACCCACGACUCUUUACGCUGACGGCUCUGCGGCGCCGAGGUUUUCCGUCAGAGGCAAUCAACAAUUUCUGUGCUAGGGUGGGCGUGACAGUUGCCCAGUGCACAAUGGAGCCUCACAUGCUGGAGGCUUGCGUGCGGGAGGUGCUGAAUGAACAGGCGCCUCGUGCCAUGGCUAUCCUGGAGCCACUGCGGGUGACCAUCACCAAUUUCCCUGCACCACACAAAACCUUAGAAGUCGCUGUACCCAAUUUCCCUGCUGAUGAGACCAAAGGUUUCCACAAAGUCCCCUUCCAGCCGACUGUCUAUAUUGAGCGGAGCGACUUCCGGGAGGUACCAGAUAAAAGUUACAAGCGCCUGGCACCUGGCCAGCCAGUGGGUUUGAGGCAUACAGGCUACAUCAUUGCUGUCCAAAACAUCAAUAAGGACACCAAUGGACGUGUACGAGAGUUAGAGGUGACCUGCACAAAGUCGGAGGCAGCAGAGAAACCGAAAGCCUUUAUCCAUUGGGUCUCGAAUCCUCUUGUGUGCGAAGUUCGACAGUAUGAGCGACUGUUCCUGCACAAGAAUCCUGAAGACCCCACAGAGGUGCCAGGGGGCUUCCUGACUGAUGUCAAUCCUAAUUCCCUCUCUGUGAUUGAGGAGGCUCUGGUGGACAGAUCCGUGUGGGAGGCCAAGCCAUUUACCAAAUUUCAGUUUGAGCGGCUUGGUUAUUUCUCAGUAGAUCCUGACAGCACAGAUGCAAAGCUUGUAUUCAACCAGACGGUGACUCUGAAGGAGGAUCCUGGGAAGGUGUGAUGAAGCUUCCAUGGCGGUUUCUCAUCUUGUGCAAGGUGGCUCAGGAAUCACAUUUCCUGCCCCCCCUUCCCCUGCUUGGCUGGGAGUGAUGGUGGCAUGCAGCACCAGCACAGUUGCCUGUCCUAAUGCCACAGUUGCCUUAACAUGCAUCCUGGAUAGAGAUCCACCACAUCAAUAAAAGGGAGCCGCUUCAA